AUCUCACUCUCAGUAGGGUUGCAGCAGAUAAACGCCACCAUCUCCGUUCUACCUUCUCAAUUCAGCCUCACUCUCUAGAACCUUCGCUGUUCAACAAUGGGCGCGUCGCUUCCUCCUAAAGAGGCCAACCUCUUCAAACUCAUCGUUAAAUCGUAUGAGACAAAGCAGUAUAAGAAAGGUCUGAAAGCUGCUGACACUGUUCUCAAGAAAUUUCCCGACCAUGGAGAAACUCUAGCAAUGAAAGGAUUAACGCUGAAUUGCAUGGACCGCAAAUCAGAAGCAUAUGAACUUGUCCGACUUGGAUUGAAGAAUGACCUUAAGAGUCAUGUUUGUUGGCAUGUUUAUGGUCUACUCUACCGGUCUGAUAGAGAGUACCGUGAAGCAAUUAAGUGCUACCGCAAUGCCCUUAGAAUUGAUCCAGACAACAUUGAGAUAUUACGUGAUCUAUCUCUUUUACAGGCACAAAUGCGUGACUUGUCAGGUUUUGUUGAAACGAGACAGCAACUGCUCACUCUGAAACCAAAUCAUCGCAUGAAUUGGAUUGGCUUUGCUGUUUCUCAUCAUUUAAACUCCAAUGGAUCAAAAGCUGUUGAUAUCCUUGAGGCAUAUGAAGGGACUCUUGAAGAUGAUUAUCCUCCAGAAAAUGAACGGUGUGAACAUGGAGAGAUGCUUCUAUACAAGAUCUCUCUGUUGGAGGAAUAUGGUUUUCUUGAGAGGGCCCUUGAAGAGUUGCACAAGAAAGAGUCUAAGAUUGUUGACAAAUUGGGCUACAAGGAGCAAGAGGUUUCACUUCUUUUGAAGCUUGGCCGCUUUGAAGAAGGUGAAAGAUUAUUCAGAGUGCUGCUCUCAAUGAAUCCUGACAAUUACAGAUACUACGAGGGGUUACAAAGAUGUCUGGGACUGCAUUCUGAAAAAGGGCAGUAUAGUUCUGAUGAAAUUGAUAAGUUAGAAUCUUUGUACAAGUCACUUGCCCAGCAAUAUAGUAGAUCCUCUGCCGUAAAGAGAAUUCCACUUGAUUUUCUCAGAGAUGACAAGUUUCGGGAGGCAGCAGAGAGUUAUAUUCGACCUCUUCUAGCAAAGGGUGUUCCUUCGUUGUUUUCUGAUCUUUAUCCAUUGUACAAUCACCCUGGCAAGGCCAGUAUUUUAGGUGAAUUGGUUCUGAGGUUGGAGCAGUCAAUUAAGACUACUGGUGGAUAUCCCGAGAGCGAGGGAAAAGAGCCUCCUUCAACACUUAUGUGGAUAUUAUUUUAUUUGGCUCAGCAUUAUGAUAGAUGUGGACAGUAUGACAUUGCUCUUAUAAAAAUUGAUGAGGCAAUAGAACACACUCCUACUGUUAUAGAUUUAUACUCUGUAAAGAGCCGCAUAGUAAAACAUAGUGGUGACUUGGCUGCUGCUGCAGCAUUGGCUGAUGAAGCCAGGUGUAUGGAUCUUGCGGAUCGCUAUAUUAACAGUGAAUGCGUUAAGCGUAUGCUUCAGGCUGAUCAGGUAGCAUUGGCCGAAAAGACGGCUUUAUUAUUCACAAAAGAUGGGGAUCAACACAACAACCUUUACGAUAUGCAGUGCAUGUGGUAUGAACUGGCAUCUGGGGAAAGUUAUCUGCGCCAACGCGAGCUUGGACGGGCCUUAAAGAAAUUUCUGGCAGUGGAAAAGCAUUAUGCAGAUAUCACAGAGGACCAAUUUGAUUUUCAUUCUUAUUGCUUAAGGAAAAUGACACUACGCAUGUAUGUGGAAAUGCUGAAACUUCAAGAUCGGCUCCAUUCACAUGCUUAUUUUCGCAAAGCAGCAAGUGGUGCUAUCAGAUGUUACCUGAGGCUGUAUGAUUGUCCUCCAAAGUCAGCAGCUGAAGAAGAUGACGAGAUGUCUAAGUUGCCUGCCUCUCAAAAGAAGAAAUUAAGGCAAAAAUUGAGGAAAGCGGAGGCCCGAGCUAAGAAAGAUGCAGAAGUUAAAAAUGAGGAAUCAAGUUCCACUUGCGUUGCAAAAUCGGGGAAGCGCCAGUUGAAGCCUGUAGAUCCUGAUCCACAUGGUGAAAAAUUGGCUCAGAUUGAAGAUCCUCUGGCCGAAGCUACGAAGUACCUGACGCUGCUCCUUACGCACUCGUCUGAUUGCUUGGAGACACAUUUACUGUCGUUUGAAGUAAACAUGAGGAAACAGAAAAUCUUGCUUGCCUUGCAGGCUGUAAAGCAUCUGGUGAGGUUGGAUGCAGAUAAUCCAAAAUCUCAUCUCUGCUUGAUAAAAUUCUUCCAUAAAGUAGGAGCAUUGCCUGCUCCAGUAACUGACGCUGAAAAACUUGUGUGGCGUGUCUUAGAAGUCGAGCGACCUACCUUUAGUCAGUUGCACGAGAAAUCUCUAAUUGAUGCAAACAAUAUUUUCCUUGAAAAGCAUCGAGAAUCAUUGAUGCACAGGGCUGCAGUGGCUGAGUUAAUGUAUGUUCUGGAACCAAACAAGAAGGCUGAGGCUGUCAAGUUAAUUGAAGACUCGGUUAAUGAUCUUGUUUCUUUAGACGGAGACCGAGGAGCUGAUAGUACAUGGAAACUGAAAGACUGCAUCUCACUUCACAAACUCCUGGAAACAACCUUUAAUGACCAUGAUGCUGCAUUGAGGUGGAAAGCGCGCUGUGCCGAAUACUUCCCGUUCUCAACAUAUUUUGAAGGCAUUCGUAGCUCAGUUGCUACACAUCAGACACAGAAAACCCCUGAAAAUGGAGUUGUCAUCUUGAAUUCUGGUGAAAAUUGUGCUUUGCCUUCACCUAAUGGGAGAUUAGAUAAGCUGGACAAACUGAAGGAUCUACACAUCUAAUUGUCUUUCAUGCUGAAGUAAGUUGUCCACAAGAGUACUGGAGAAGCUAACUGGAACCGCAUGUUUAACCUCUGAGCGCCUACACACCAAAUGCAAAGGUUCCAGUUGAAUAUAUAAGGUCCUACCAGGGCUGUGGGACAUCAGAUGAUUUUUUGCUUUGGAUGGACGUCCUUUUGCAGCAGUUCUCCACCCAUGGAUUCAAUUUUGUUGGCUUAUGUGUAUAUUUGAUCUGAUAUUGUUAUGAUGGUAUAGCAUUCUCUGGUUGCUCAGGGUCUGGUAAGAUACCAGAAAAAGAGUUUCUUUGGCAAAGUGCAAUGCGAUUUCAACAACUUACAGAUUGAAGUGAGCUCUCCGGAGGUGUUUCAAGUUUGAUCUUGUAUACCACUAGCAUAGACGUCUGCAAAGGCGUGUGUAUUUUUCCAUUUUGUCGAGCAUUAUUUCAUGUAUAAACGCAGUUCUAUGUGAAAUUUUUUGCAUUAGUACUCAGAGUGAAAAAUUGAUAAGAGUUGCUGGGAUGAUGUUCCAUGAUUUGUUGGACAAAUCGAAGGUCAUAAGUCUGUCUAUCCGAAGCUUUAACUAGACAUAAGUUUCUUCUCC